UGCACAUAAGAUCUCAACAUUAUUUAUUUAAGUACUCUGAAACUUGUUAUUGGAAGAAAAAUCACCUGAAGGUCUCAACAUCUGAAAAGCUUCUUGACUGUAUUAUAUUACUUGAUCUCCAUUCGUUUUGCCAAUCAUGAUGUUGAUCACUGCAGCUCUUAUUCUCAUUGUCACCAGUAAAGUUGUCCUGGGACAGGAUAACAGAGUGUCUGUUGAAGGAGAGAUACAUCCGUUAGAUAUUGCACCGGACUCAGUUGAUGACCGAUAUGAUGGCUGUACAUACAAGAUGGAAAACUUAGUGAGAACAAAAUAUCUAAUCAAAGAAAUCUGUGAUUAUAAAAUAUCUUACUUUGGGGAAGCUUGGUUGUAUAGUACAGGACAAAUCCCUGGACCAGAUAAAUUGAAAAUGCACCAUUUAGUUGCGAUUUAUACGUACAGUAUUUCUGAGCUACAUAGAAAGUUGAAUCAGGAUGUCAGGGCUGGUAGACAAAAAUACAGAGACAAGAUUUACACGUGGUAUUCACUUCACUUUUUCUUGACAGAAGCGAUACAGAUUCUUAAGAAAACACAAAAUAAAUGCAUAACAACUUAUCGUGGUACCAAACUUACAUUUGAUGAGAAUGUUCUGAACAAACAUAUUCGUUUUGGUUCAUUUGCGUUUUCCUCUCUUGAUCGUAAAAUUGCAAUGGGAUUUGGAACAGAAUCUUGUUUUGAAAUCAAAACUUGUUAUGGUGCUGAUGUGUCAAAAUACUCCCAGUUUCCUCAUGAAAAAGAGGUGCUGAUUCCCCCGUAUGAAACGUUUGAAGUCACUGCUAUCAUGAAGAAAGAUCAGAAGAAAAGUGCCUGGUGUAAAACUGUGUUCAUGUUGAGGAGCUCUGGAUUUAGAAGUGACUUAAACUGUGCCAUGGUCUCAAUUAAGCCUCAGAUAUAUCACAAUGCCAGUUUCUAUGCCUGAUUGGCUCUUACAUACAUUUCAUUCAUUCAAUUAAAUUUUUUUUAUUCAUUUAUUUUUUAUAUUAAGUGUUGAUGUCAUUGUAAUAACAUUUUAUAAAUCAAUCCUGAUGUUUUUAAAGCUCAAAUCCUUAAUGAGCAAUAACCUAAACAAUCAAUGUUCAAAACUGUCUCCUUAUCUUCCUCUGAUUCACGGUGGUACGUUUAUAAUAAUGAUUUAUAAAUUGAGCUGUUAGGUCCAGUUUUGCGAGAAAUGUCAGUUUGACUUUACUCAUGUGAAGUUUUAGCUCAAAACGAUUUAUUAUAACAUGUUAAAAUUGACACUUUGUAGGUGUGAGCAAAAAAAUUUUUUUCUCUCUUUCUCUCUGCACUAAAUUCAAUUCAAUUCAAUUCAAUUCAAUUCAAUUCAAUUCAAUUCAAUUUUAUUUAUAUAGCGCUUUUCACAAUUGUUAAUUGUUGCAAAGCAGCUUUACAUGAGUAGAUGUAGAGGAGAACAUUGAAAAUCAAUACAUAGUAUAAGAAGUAGAAUAUAGCGGCUAAGGAUAAAAAACCGUGUAAGCGAGCAUAUUAAUAAUGUAACGUAUACAGUAAAGUGCUAAGUUAAGCCAAAGUUGGCUGACUCUCCCUGGGACUAAAA